CCACAGAAGAAGAAAGGCUGCAGCUCUCUGCCUAUGGAAGCGCGGUUUUGAGGGGGGGGAAGUUGCUUAAACUCACUUUGAUCUGUCAAGAACAAAGGUAAAGAUGAGCUCGUUGAAAGUCCAGUGUUUGUUCCGCCGGUCAGGCGAGGUGUGCCGCCCGCAGUGCGUACCGUUUGUUCAGACAAGUCUGGUUAGCAUAGCUCAUUAGCCAGCCCUCGCUAGCUUAGGUUAACGGCUGUGUCCGCCGUUUUCUCAGUGUGGUUUGUUUGAAGUUAACAGUUCCUCUGACCUCGUUAACAUUUGUUUUGUCGCUGUCACGUGGCUUACUUCGAGUGUGUCAGUCACAGUAGGAGUUCGCUAGUUCUCCAGUUAACUGAACUUAGCUGAAAGUCCAAACAUGUGGUUUGCAGCUCCGGCGGGGUCCAGGCGUCAGCAGCCUGACUCGGUCUACAUGGCUGCUCCAACUAUGCCGCAGCCCAGCUUCCUCCUGGCGAACCUCAAAGCGGACUCCACCACCAAGCCUCUCCUCCAGCGAUGCCAGGAUCUGGUGAAGAUCAUUGAUGAGUAUCCUGCCAAGGAGCUCCACCUGAUCUUUCCCUGGCUGGUGGAAAGUGUGUUCGGCAGUCUGGAUGGCGUUAUCAUGGGUUGGAGUUUGCGCCUUCUGCAUUCGCGAUGCAACGAGUACAACGUUGUCUUGGAUUUCCUGAACCCCAGUGGCCCAAUGAUGAAACUGGUGUAUAAACUUCAAGCAGAAGAAUACAAAUAUGAAAUUCCUAUCAACUACCUGCCGGGUCCUGUGAGAGCCUGCAUUCAGGAGGGAGUUCUCCCAGACUGCCCUCUGUUCCACAACAAGCUGCAGUUUCCUCCGUCUGGCAUCCUGACCCCCAACAUCGCACUCAAUCCCUUUGAGUUCUUCAUGUUUAACUUUGCCUACUGCCUAAUCACGCCAAAGAAUUUCCCUCAAGGCCAGCAAGGAAGCUGCACGGACAGUGCCUACUUUGUGUUGGUGGACAUGUACCUGAAGUAUUUCCUCCCCAGUGAAGGAAGCGUGCCUCCUUCUGACUCCAGAGGCUCUGUCACCGCUCCCUCUCCACGACCUUCCAGUGUGUCCUUUGCUGGUUAUGGUGUUCACAGCCCAAGUCUGCUGAAGCAUCACAUUUUCCAUCAACCCUCAGUGAACGCAGACCCUGCAGCCCAGGAGAUCUGGAGGUCAGAGACUCUGUUGCAGAUGUUUGUGGAGGUCUGGCUCCACCAUUACUCACUGGAGAUGUACCAGAAACUGCAAUCUCCACAGGUAAAGCUGGCGCUGCUGCAGUACCGCCUCAGUUUGUCCAGCAUGCCGAGCCAACCCCACGCCCCACCAGGCUCUGGGACCCUCCACACCUACCAAGUACUUUUACCUUUUAACUCUCCCCCGCCCCUUUGGGGCCUCCUGGAGGAGCCCUUCAGUCCGUCAGAGGAGCUUGUUUUGGUGGUGCGUCUGCUGGUCAAGCAUCUUCAUGCCUUCUCCAACAGCCUAAAGUCCGAGCAGGUGUCGCCUUCACCCCCAGCCCAGUCGCACGCUCACACCAGCCCGCUGGAGGAGUUCAAGAGGGUGGUGGUGCAGCGGUUUGUGCAGCAGAAGCUCUACCUGUUCCUGCAGCACUGCUUCGGUCAUUGGCCUCUGGAUGCGUCCUUCAGAGCAGUGUUGGAAACCUGGCUCAGCUUCAUCCAGCCAUGGCGAUACACUGGGGAGAAGAUCAACCCUCAGCCCGACCAAAACAGAACCAUUCCUGACAAAUGGGAGCCGUUCAUUCAGGAGAACCUCCUCAUGUACACCAGGCUCUUCCAGGGGUUCCUGAACAGAGCCGUCAGGAUGGACUUGGUUAACGGGAAAAAUGCUCUCAUGGUGUUCAGAGUGGCUAAAGUGUUCUCCCAGCCCAACCUGUCAGAGAUGAUCCAGAGAGUGGAGCAGCUGUUUCUGGAGCCAGAGCAUGUCCUCCACCACCGACAGCCCCGCGGCUACCUGACGCCCAGCCACGGAGGCAGCUACCUGUCGUCACGGCAACGAGUGGUGACAGACAUGGUGUUCAAAGUGAAAAGCCAUGUCUAUGCACUGGAAGGACAGGACUGUCAGUACACACAAAUGUUUGGCACCGAGCUCAAAAACGCCGUCAUGAAGUUGAUCCAGAUCAUUGCUCAAGCUCGUCAGACGGCCAAGAGAAUAUCGGAUCACUCCACUGAAAUGGCCACCAGCAGCUCCUUCCUGUCCUGGUUUGGGUUUAGCUCCUUUGAUCCCAGCAGCACGUUUGCAGGUGCAGAGGCUGAGGACAGUGGUGAAAGUCUGAAAAGAACCCAUGAAUACCUGGACAAAGCUCUGGAGAACCUGUGUCAAAUCUACAAGCUGAAUCAGGGCCAGCUGACGCAGCUUAUGAUCAGCGUCAGCUCCUCUCAGGAUGAAGCUCAGUCCAAGCAGCUGCCCGACUGCAUUCAGGAGGCGGGGGGGCUCAUCCUCACAGAGUUGGGCAGGAGGCAGAUCAUAAAUGGACAGCGCCGGUUUGACGUUCAGUACCAGGGAGACCCAGAGCUUCAGCCCAUCCGGACUUAUGAGAACGCCCUGCUGGUCAGGCUGCUCUACAGACUCUCUUAUCUGCUCAACCAGAGGCUUGGGGGCUUCAUGAGUGCGUUGUGCUCGCGUCCCGACUUCCUGGGUCGCCUCGGCCGCCAUUACCUGACAGACCCCGAUGCCACUGGCCGGCUAAGGCAGAGCCCGAUGUCCCGGCAGGUGCUGGAGCGGCGCCGCCAGCCAAGGCUGAGCCUGCGGCCGCUGGCCAGCUACAGGACGCUGCUGCUGCUGCUGGUCUUCUACAUGCUAGGGGCUGUGCUGUCGCUGGGCCCCCUCUCUACCACAGCGCUGCUCCUCACUGGGGGGCUCCUGUUUGGGGUGUUGAUGACGCUGUGUGGAGAUAAACUGAAAACACACUGAGUGGCGCCCACGGCCAGCGUCUGUCUGCAGCUGCUUUGAACUCUUUCAGGGCCUCACAUUGACCUCCUCGGUGCUUCAUUUCAGAUUGCUCUUUUAAAUAGAAAUACUUGUUUGUUGUUCAGCGAACCUGCAUUUACUGUGGAGUAAAAUGUCAGUGCGGUUUCUGCAGAAGCUCCACAUGCUGCCCCCUGCUGGAGGAGCGGUGCACCUGACAGCUUAUGCUUUGUGAUGGUUCAUAAAGUUGUGUACCGUAAAUAAAGGGUUUAUCUUUUCCUCCAAACAACGGCGGCAGCCAAAAACACGUCAAAUACACUGAGGGAAGAAAAUGUUUUUUUUGUUCAAUAAACAGUUUUCACUCAUUUGUACA